AUGAAGAGACAUGAAUUCAAAGGUGCAGAAGAAGAAGAUCAUGAUUUGCUCGAACUUUCACUUUCUUCAUCUUCAUCGUCGAAACCUAAUCUCUUACCAUCACCUCCAUUGUCAUUAUCAUCACAAUGCCCUUCGUUUCCUUCGUUACCCCAUCCAAAUUUUCCAUCUGCUUCCUCUUCAUCAAGCCCUAACCUUCAAUAUUCCUAUUCAACACAAGACCUAGCAUAUCCUACGACACUCUUUCCUCCACCAUUAUCCACACAUCCUUUGUUUUUUAAUAAUCCACAACUUAUCACAGAACCGGCACCACUAUUACCCACUACACAGCCCCGUUUAAGCCUAAGCGCAAACCCUGGCCAGAGAGCAGGCCUGUGCCUCCAGUCACGAAUUUCUCGGAACCCAAAUCGUAGGCCUCGUGGUGCAAAGAGUGAGACGAUUCCUCCACCGUUUCCAUGGGCAACAGAUAGAAGAGCCAUGGUUCACUCGUUGAGGUAUCUAAGAGAUAAUCAAAUGCUGACAAUUACAGGAAUCGUUCAGUGCAGGACAUGUGAGAGUAGCUACGAGAUGGGCUUCGAUCUGGAAGCUAAGUUCGCAGAAGUUUCGACCUUUAUCACGAUUAACAAGUGCAACAUGUACAAUAGGGCUCCAAAAGUCUGGUUAAGUCCGAUACUGCCGAUUUGUAAGAACUGUGGGAACAGUGUACGACCCGUCGUUUCGGAGAAAAAGAGGUCGAUUAACUGGCUGUUCUUGUUUUUGGGCCAAAUGCUUGGCUGCUGUACGCUAGAACAAUUGAAGUACUACUGCAAGCACACUGGGAAUUUUCGAACAGGUGCUAAAGAUCGGAUCCUCUAUAUCACUUACCUCGGACUCCGUGAACAGCUCCAGCCUUCUGGCUUCUGA